AGAUUACGUUCCAGAAUCUGAUUUGGACAUUCCGUCAAGUUACGUUCGGCCUUUAUAAAUAUUUAAACCCCUUUAUCAAUCUGGGGAUUAGGGUUACUGGAAAAAUUCUCAAUUCCAAUUUCAGAUUGUGUGGUGAAGAAAAGAGAGAAGGAAAGAUGAUUGAGGUGGUGUUGAACGAUAGGUUGGGGAAGAAAGUUCGAGUGAAGUGUAACGAAGAUGAUACUAUUGGCGAUCUUAAGAAGCUUGUAGCUGCUCAAACUGGUACUCGUUCCGAUAAGAUCAGAAUUCAGAAGUGGUACAACAUCUACAAAGAUCAUAUCACUUUGAAGGAUUAUGAGAUUCAUGACGGCAUGGGUCUUGAACUGUACUACAAUUAAUUUCUAUCUUUCUGGCUGAAGAGCUAAUGGAGCUUAUUGAGCAGGAUGGCUGUUUCUUACUAUUGUGUUUAGUGAGUGAAUAAAAUGUCAGGAGUGCAGGACCUCUUGUCUUGGUUCUUGAUUGUGAAGCAACUGAGAAACACAUUGUAAGAUUUGUGGUUAUCUAAAACAUGUACUUCUGAAUUCAAAUUAUCCAUUUCAAAGUUGUACUUCUAAUCGUCA